AUUCGACCACCUCUCCACUCUCCACUCCCCUUUCGCUCAUACCAUCCAUAUUAGCGAUCAUGGCCACUUCUCCCCCUCCUACCGCCACGGGCUCUUCCAAGGUUGACGCCGCAAAGGCCAACCUUGCGGCCGCCGACCCUACUGCUCCCACUGGUCUUGCGCUGUACUCGCGAUUCGCUUUCGCUGGUGCCGUCUGCUGCUCCGUCACCCACGGCGCCCUCACACCCGUCGAUGUCGUCAAGACCAGGAUACAACUUGACCCCGCCAAGUACAACACCGGUUUGAUCGGUGGCUUCAAGAAGGUCAUCUCCACCGAGGGUGCCGGCGCUGUCUGGACUGGUUUCGGUCCUACCGCUGCUGGUUACUUCCUCCAGGGUGCCUUCAAGUUUGGUGGUUAUGAGUUCUUCAAGCAGCAGGCCAUCAACAUGGUCGGCUACGAGACCGCCUCAAACAACCGUACCGCCGUCUACCUCGCUGCUGCUGGUGUGGCUGAAUUCUUCGCCGACGUUGCCCUCUGCCCUCUCGAGGCUACCCGUAUUCGUCUUGUCGGUGACCCAACCUUUGCCAACGGUCUCGUCGGUGGAUUCACCAAGAUCCUGAAGAACGAGGGUGUCGGUGCUUUCUACUCUGGUUUCGGUCCCAUUCUGUUCAAGCAGGUUCCCUACACCAUGGCCAAGUUCGUCGUUUUCGAAAAGGUCAACGAGGCAGUCUACACCGUCGUCGACAAGAGCAAGACCUCCUCCGGCAUGCAGACCGUCUACAACUUGGGUUCCGGUCUCAUGGCUGGUUUCGCCGCCGCCAUCAUCUCCCAGCCCGCCGACACCAUGCUUUCCAGGAUUAACAAGACCAAGGGUGAGCCCGGAGAGGGAACCACCAGCCGUCUGAUCAAGAUCGCCAAGGAGCUCGGUCUCCGUGGCUCAUUCGGUGGUAUUGGUGCCCGUCUCUUCAUGGUCGGUACCUUGACUGCUGGUCAGUUUGCCAUCUACGGUGACAUCAAGAAGGCCCUUGGUGCUACCGGUGGUGUUGAGAUUGCCAAGACCAACUAAAUGUUUGUCGCGUGCGAUGAGGAGUGGCGGAGGAGAUGACACCAGGACAGCCAUGGCGAGUCUCGAUGUGGGCUUGUCAUCACGCAAAAGUCUGUCUUUUUUGCAUAAUGGCUGGCAUGGAUUCGGUUUGAUAUCACACUUUAUCUUCCAUAUGUGUUUGCGUUCCUUUGCAGCCUUCAAAUUAGAUCUUGCUUCGCUUUGUAGAGGGCGAUAUCAUGUAACAGUACGAUCGAGUAGGAAUAUAUGCUGCAGAAUAGACC